CUGAGUGGAGGUGCUGUGAGGGAGCUCCUGUGAGGUGAACUUUCCCCAGGCCCUGUAAGGGUCUGGGGGGCUGUUUGUUUCCCGGUUUGGGGUUUAAAAAGAAAAACAAAAAACUGACUUUCUUUAUUGUUGUGGAAAAUGAAAAGAAGAUUUUCUCUUCGUGUGAGGAAUGAAAAGAAAACUGUUGUUUCUGGAAGGAAAGGCUCAAGCCAGAAAAUGGCGGCAGAAAGUGAAGUAAGUAAAGCUAAGCCCAAGAGAAAGAAGGUGGGAGGAAGGGAAGAUAGUGGAAGCAGCAUGGAGGAGGAGGAUAUGAAUGAAUCCUUUUCACAGACAAUAUCAGAAGAUUUGGAAAGAACUCCAGUUUUGUUGCCUGAUGAGCCUGACCCACAAACAAGCAUGUCCCCCCCCCUGAGUAUGCCUCCCAUCCCUAUGUCUGGCUCUGAAACCCCUCAAAGUGCCACCAAUAGUCAGUUGUGUGAGACCCCUGCGCAAUUAUCCUCCAGUGACCUGUUGGGGGGUGACAGUGUGGAACCUGAGACCCCCGGGAGGAGCGGGGAGUUUGGUGCAAGUAAAGUAAUGGCAGCUGGGAGAGCAGAGAGAUCCAGCAAUGUGCCUGCGGGGCCUGUCUGUGUGGAGCUAAAGCAUCGGGAGGCUAGCAGUGCAUGCUGGGAGUUGUGUCCUGCGGAGGGCACGCAUAAUGCUGAUGUGGCUGCUGAAAAUGCUGCUAAUUGCGCCUGUGAGAAUCUGGCUAUGGCGGUGGCAGAGGGGGCUUUGGACUGUGCAGAGGAGCCUGGAGUGGAGGUGGGGGAAGGGGGCUUUGGGCAGGUGAGCAAGGACUGUGUUACUGCUGGGAAUCCAACUGCUACUAUAGCGAAAGCUAAAAUGUCUUAUUCUGCUGCUAUGGCUUCUCCUGCUACUGGUGGGGCCGCUAUUCCUGCUGAUCCACUGACUGCUACUGACUCACUUUCUGCUGCUGUGGCUUCUCCUGCUACUGGUGGGGCCGCUAUUCCUGCUGAUCCACUCACUGCUACUGACUCACUUUCUGCUGCUGAUAAUAAUGUUAUUUCUGCUGAUUUAAAGACUGUUUGUGCUGCUGCUAAAGAGACAUUUUCAGCCUGUAUAGAGACUGUUACUGCUGUGAGUAAAGAGACUGAUACUAAUUGUGCUAACGAGGCACUUGCUGCUGGAGAGAAUCCUGACCCUAUGGUGAUUGCUAAAGCUCUAAGGACUGUGAACUUUCUUAAAGACAAAAAGAGAGCUUUGGAGAGGGAUAUUGAGAGGGGGAUUGCUAACAUUAAGUUUGCUAAAGGGGAAGCUAGAGCUUUAGGAAUAAGAAAGCUUGCUAUAAUAAACAAAGAGUUGGAGGAGGCUGAUGGGGAAAUUGAGCAAACUAUGCUGUUAAUUAAACCCUGGGAAGAGGUGUUUAAAAACAGAACUCGUUUUGAUGAAAUGCAACAGGCUGGUAAAGGGGGGAAAUCAUUUGAAGCAAUGUAUAUGGAUUUUGUGCUUAGGGGGGAGGAGGAGGGAACAGGGAAAGGGCAAUCUGCUGUUAUGUCUGUACCUAAACCCUCUGAUGUCCCCUCUGAUUCUAUUUCUACCUCUAACCCCCCUACCUCUAACCCCCCUACCUCUAACCCAUCCACUCUUAACCCCUCUACCUCCAACCCCCCUACCUCUAACCCUUCUAACCCCAUUGUUUCUGCAUGUUCUGUGGAUAAUGGGAAUAAUAUGCUGGUAACUCCUGAUAAUGUUUUGGGUAAAGCAAAUGAAGUGGCAAAUCCUACUAAGUCAAUGGAAGUGUCAAAUGCAGGGGGAGAGGAUCAAGGAAGUAAAGGGUUUUGGGAAAAAAGAAGAUUUUUUGCAAGGCAACAAGAAACUCUUUUUGAUGGGCCUGUGUUUAAAAGGAUAAAUGUAGUUAAGAUUAAAUGGGAUGGGGAGAAGGAAAAGAUGCCAGGCAGUAGGUAUAUCUGCAGGAAUUUGAUAAAGGAAUCAAUGGGUUUUACACCUUCUGAUGUUAAUGCUUUUAUAACAGUGUCCGAUGUGGAAUUUGAAGUAAGUUUUAAAUUACCACAAGGUUUGGAUAGAUUUUGGAGUCUCUAUCAGGAGAAGGGAAGAUCCCCAGAGUGGGAAGGUUUCAGGGCCAUACCUGUUUCAAAGCCAGAAGUUAAGAACGUCACUGUCAUUUUUAAAAAUGAAUCCAUUCCCCCAGAAGAUGUUUUGGUCUGGCUUAAGCGCCAAUGUAAGGUCCUGGCGCCACUGACAAGGUUAUAUAAUGAGGAGGGUUUCUGGAUUGUGGGAUGGAAAGUACAAGUGAGAUUGGAUGUAUCCAAUAAUGUUACUAAGCAUCUCCCAAACUCUUUCUUUAUCGGAAAGGAGAGGGGUGUCUGUUUUUAUCCAGGACAACCCAAGCAGUGUUUCAAGUGUGGUUCAAAGCGUCAUCUGGCCAAUGAUUGCACUCUCAAAAUUUGUGCAUUAUGUGGGGCUCAGGGGCAUGUUAGUAAGGAAUGCAAUAAGGUAAGGUGCAACCUUUGUAAUGAUUUGGGACAUACGCACCGGGAAUGCCCAGAAGCCUGGCACAAUAUUGUAAAAAAAUGCCCUAGAAUUGAAAAAGAGUUUUUUCAGGAGGAGGUACCCAGGGUGGAGGUGGGUGUAUGUGAGGAAAUCUCUAACAGGAAGGAAGAUGGGGAAGUUUUGUCCCAGACUAUUGAGAAGGAUGGGGGAGAAGGGAUAAGAAGGGAAGUGGAGGUUGAGAAAGAAGGAUGGGAGGAGGUAGGAAGGAAAACAAGGAAGAGGGUAGGCAAGAUGGUUUUCCAAACAAAUAUUGAAACCUCUAAUAGGUUUGAACUCCCUGAUGGGAAAUCUUGGGGGGAUAUGGCUGAGGAAGAAGAGGAAGAGUUAAGCAGGUUGGAGGAUGAAGAGAGGGAGCAUGGGAAAGAAACAGGGAAGAAGCAGAAAAAGAAGAAGGCGAAAAAGAAAUCCAAGGCUUCUUUGCCUCAUGUGACAGAAGAAAUGAAUUGUGAAAUUGAAGAACAGGUCCCUUCCCAUGUAGAAAUGGAGAUAACUGAGGAUCAGGGGAAGAAAAGGAAAGGUCGGACAGAAAGUGAUGAGGAAAGGGAAUCUAUAGAUGGGAAUGGGUUUUUUGAGAAAGACGGUGGCCCUUCAAGUGGAUUAGGGAAGCCUCAGUAUAAGAGAUUUGGAGAGGGGAAGGAGGGUAGGCUGGCUAAAUCUCCAAAAUGUCAAAACAAUUGAUUCAUUUUUGUACUAUCAAUGUG